GUUUUGCUUAUCUGGCUUAUUUGCUCUCGUCGUACUCUGGCCCUCGGGCGUCGUCUAGGCUUAUCUCCAGCUGCCAGUUUUUCAUUCCCUGUUGCCCUCGGUCGUUUUCUUCUUCUGUCUGCACGUUUGCCUGCUUGCCUGUUCCCUCUUUAGAUCCACGUCUAAGCACCCCCACGCCCUCGAACACCCUCGCACACAAGAGCACACAAGAUGAAUCCCGCAGUCACCAACCUCGUGUUGAUGCUUGUCGCCAUGCAAGUGUCCAAGAAGCUCGACUUCGAAGACCCAACCACGCUCUUCUACGUCAGACUGGCCUUCGUUGUCGGGCAGUCGUUGACGCUCCUCAUCUACCUGUAUGUCCGCUUCACCAUCGUGAAGAAAAACGACUUGACGACCUUGAAGUACUUGGACGCGCCAAACAAGAUGGCCGGCGAGUCCGAGUCCAAGUUGAUCACCACCACCGUCAAGGACUACGACUUGAAGCAGAUCGACUCCGCCAUCAAGGGCGUCUUCACAGGCUUGGCCAUGACUGGUUUCAUGCACCUGUACAUGAAGUUCGCCAACCCAUUGGUGAUGCAGUCCAUCUCCCCAGUCAAGGGCGCGUUGGAGUCCAACAUAGUCAAGAUCCACCUCUUCAACACCCCCGCCGUGGGCGACUUGAAGAGACCGUUCAAGGCUGCUCCUUCCAUCCUCUCCGGCUUGACCGGUGGUGACGUCAAGACCGACAAGUCCUCUAUUGAAAAGGCUGAAAUUGCUGGUACAGGCGGUGUCAAGGAGGAGUGAUUUAGUCGUGCUGCCGUCCCCAGCCGACCCACCUGACCC